AAGGAGGCUGGAUGCGUCAGCUCUGGGAUUCCCUCGCGCGUCUUUGGCUGACUCACGCGCCGCGGGGGUCACCCUUUAAAAAGCCUCCCUCCGCCCGCCUGCCUGUCAGAUUUUCGGCAGGAGGCUUUGUGGAUCUUAUCUCUGGUUCUCGGGGGAAAGGAGGAGGAGAGGAAGCCGGGCGCGUUUCUUGAAGAUGGGAAAGCUAAGAGGCUCUGUGAUGCCUGUGGAUCCUCUGGGCAACGCUGGGUUGCUCUGCCAGGCGUGCGGAUUCCUCCUGAUCAACCCCCAGCAGGCGGAGUGUGGGCAUCGCUACUGCAGGGGCUGCGCGAAGGGGCUCUUCAGGGACGCUGACAAGGUGGCCUGCCGUACUUGUAAGAAGGGACUGAGCCCCAAACAGUUCCACAGCGACAAAGCAGCAGAGAAUGAUGCUCUGGCCACGCAAGUUGCCUGCCCAGAUUUUGACUGCACUUGGACUGGAACGCUGAAAUUAUACCAGGAGCACGUUUGCCCCCCUGUGGCACAGCUUGGAACUGCGACGAACGCUGCCUUUGCCCUUGGAGAUUCAGGUGGUGAUGAAGAAAGAAAAUCCUGCUGGAGUGUCAGUAGCAGCGUCGUGGGUGAUACUUCCAUGAAUGUGGAAGCUGUCCAGAUGCGGGUGGAGGCCCUGGAGCUGGCAGUGGCAUCUCUGCGCCGGCAGCUAAACAGCCAGGGAGCCACGGUGAAGACCCUCCAGCGCUGCUGUGCCCAGUACGAGAAGCUCUUGAGGGUUUCUCAGGAAAUCUACAACACGCCUCACGGAGCCAAAGGGUCUGGAGGGACAGCAUCGCCAGAGCUGGUCAGCACUGAUGGCACGUUGGUGUGGAAAGUGGAGAACUUCUCUAAGCUCCUGAAGGAUGCCAAAGCUGGGAAGAAGCGUUCCAUUUACUCCCCACCCUUUGCCACCCACACAUUUGGGUACCACCUCUGUGUCCGGCUGUACCCUGACGGAGAUGGCAUUGGCCAAGGCGGCCAUCUUUCGCUCUUCCUUGCUUUGGCCAAGGGGUCCUACGAUGACGUCUUGCCCUGGCCCUUCCGGCAAAAGGUCACCUUCUCUCUCCUGGACCCCACGCGAAGAAAGUCACCUGUAAAGGAGACCUUCCUUCCCGAUCCCCAUAGCAUCUCCUUCCACCAGCCUCGGGAGAGGCUGAAUGUAGCCAGCGGGAGCCCCCUCUUCGCCAGCCAUGUUGAGAUUCCGAGUUACCUCAAAGACGACACACUUUACCUCAAAGUGGUGGUGGAUCUGGCAGGGAUGGAAAUCUGAGAACGGGAGUCAAUGGGGGAGAGUUAGUGGCGGUUCUCUGUUCCCGCAGCCACUCUUUCAUUUUUUUCUCCCCACCUCCCUUGUAACUAUUUCUAAAUCUCUUCAGCUCCAUCCCUUUCUUCCAGCCACCAGCUGCGUCUGCUACAAUUCCCAUUCCAAUAUGGGUGCUGAACUACCUCUCAGUGGAGUCUAAAAUCUACACAUUUUUGGGCUGUGAAUUGUGUAAUAUCAGCCCCUGAUCUACACUUGGGUGGAAUUUUCAAGGCUCUUUUAAAUCCUACAGAGUGUUUUUUUAUGGACAUUUUUUUUUAAAAUGUGUUUCUGUGAAAUGGAUGGAAGCUGGUGGAGUGUCCUGACAGGCCUUUCAGAUGUCAUGGGUGUGAUACACUGUGACCCACGCACUGGCCACCCAAUACUGUCAGUUGCAUUAUUUAUUCAAGCUGCGGAAUUUGAGUUUUCUUGUUAUGCUGCUUCAGAAUUAUUUAAAAUACAAUUCAUUCAGAAAGAUGCAGAGGGCAUGAAGAUUUUCUUCCGAUGCCUCACUGUGAUGACGUCCCAGCCUAUAUUCUGCAGGUGUCUUGGGAGCUAUAAAUUCAAAAUUUGCUGCUGCUGUGGGGUUUGCUGUGUGUGUGUGUAUGCAUAUAUAUAUGAGUGUGUUUUCCUGCUGCCUAACAGCAGGAUACAGUUAAAAGUGACAUUUUGAAAUAUUCUACGUUUGUAUUUAUUGAUCAGUUCUGUAGCACUUUUUAAAGACAAGGGGGCUUUGCAAUAAUCACUAAGGAUUCCUAGACAUGGAUCCUUAGAUAUGACAAUUCUUUCUACCU